AUGCAGUCGCUGAUGUAUAUAUCUAUAAUCUUUGGCAGUGCAAUAUGCUGGUUUGUUAUACUAUACGCAGUAUUUGUUACAAAACCAACAGCUGAGAAUGAACAUUUAGAAGUUCGAAUAGGUAGGUUUAUUCAAAAAGUCUUUGUUUCCAAAGCAAAACAUGACAAGAACGCAAGAACUUUCUUUACAAGCUUCAAAUGGCAAGAACUUUUUUUACAAAACAAAAACUGACAAAAACUUUCUUUACAAAGCUUCAAAUGGCAAGAACUUUCUUUAAGAAACAUACAAUGGCAAUAACUUUCUUUACAAAACAAGAAAUGGUAAGAACUUUCUUUACAAAACAAAAAAUGGCAACAACUUUUUUAUUGAAAUUGAUUACAGGUCCGUAAACCAAAAAUUAAUUUUAAUGCUAUACAAUUUUUAGCACCAGUUUUCAAACCAAACCCAAUAAUAUCAGAAGUUAAUUGCUCAGCGUACCUUAACGAAGAAUCGUCGGAAGCUUUAGCCUAUACUCCAAUACCAUUAAUUGACCCUCCCGAUCUGUCAAUGAAGUGUGAAGACAUACACGGACGGCAGACAUUCGUCAACGAAACGUAUCCUAGAGAAGCCGAUUUUCCCAUUGGUUUUGUGAGAAUUGUUUAUAAAGUAAGAUUUAUUAACAAUAUUUAGAGUCUUUAAGGAUUCCGGAGCUUGCUCCGGCUCCAGGGUAGCUUCUGCUCGGCUGCGAGAUCUUGAUCCGGACCCGAGACUAAAACUUGAAAAGGCAGCGCCGGAGCUAGAAGAUACCUUCUUAAGGCUCCUGAAGCUAGCGCGGCUUUUGCUUGGUUCCGGCUUUGGCACGGCUUCGGCUUCAAAGUGCCUCAGGGUUUGGAACGAUGCCUCAGGGUUUAGCAUGGUUAUGGUACGGCUCCGGCUUUGGCACGGCUUUGGGUUUAGCACAAAAUCGGCUUUAGUACGACCUUGGCCUUAGCACGGCUGUGGCACAACUGCAGACCGCUCCGCGUUCAGCACAGCUACAGCUCCAAAACAGUCAUUUAAAGACUCUGAUAACUAUUCUUAAAAGCUUCAAAACAAACUUACAUAAGUAUUUAUUUUAGGACUAUCUAUUCCAAGAAUCUGAAUUAGCAACAAAUUUCAACAAAAACAAUACUUAUUGUUAUGUGUUGGACAGUAGUGCCAGCUCUAAGUUUCAAUAUCAAAUUCGGCAACUUGCAAAAUGUUUUCCGCAACUUAUCGUUCCAGAAAGAACUUUUGAUAUGAAGUCAAAUGGCUCAAACGUUGCUUUGGCCCAAUUAGAGUGUUUGAAGCUGAUGAUGGAUAGACAGUGGAGAUAUGUCAUGUUUUUGGAAGUAAGAGUAGUAGUAUUUUUUCAAGGUUGAUCUCUUUCACAUAGAAUAUUUAGAAGUGGUCGUACCAUACUUAAUAUCAAAGUAAAACUUGCAGAAUUACGACAUAAUGAUAAAAACCAAUCAAGAAUUGAUAAAAAUUCUGGAAUUGUUUGGUGGUGUUGAUGACUCGGGUGCUUUCCACGACGUUCCUCCACAAGUUGCCACGGCUUUUGAAAACUCGAAAAACAAAGUCUUGGCUAUAUCGCAAGGAACAAUUUCAAGACUAACUAUCGACCGCAUUUUUCAUGUAAGUAUUUUUAUUUUGGCAAAAACUUUCUUUACAAAACAUAAAAUGGCAAAAACUUUCUUUACAAAACAUAAAAUGGCAAGAAUUUUCUUUACAAAACAAAAAAUAGCAAGAACUUUCUUUACAAAACAACACAUGGCAAAAACUUUCUUUACAAAACAUAAAAUGGCAAGAAUUUUCUUUACAAAACAAGAAAUGGCAAGAACUCUUUACAAAACAAAAAAUGGCAUUUAUCGUGUAAAUUGUCACCCGCAAGCUUUUUUCAGACAAUGCAAUUCGUGAAAGCCUUAAACUCAACAGUACGCGAACUAGAAUCAGAAUUUUUAAUAAACGUACUGACCAACAACACAUUACUGGACAUUGACACAUACAACGGUAAAAAGUGCAUCGACCGGACCAGUGCAACAAAGUUUGUCAAAUGGAAUUACGGUCAAGAGUGUCCUAGCCAAAGAUUCCACAAUCAUGUCUGUAUUCUAACUUUGAUCGAUUUGUUAUCAUUGAAAUCAGCUUACGACUUUACUGCUCAUAAGGUAGAACCCUCGUACGACUAUGGUGCUAUCGGAUGUUGGCACGAGUACAUGUUUAAUAAGCAACACGUGAUAGGAAAUCAUUACGUAAACUAUACGUUUUAUGAUCAUCUUCCUGCUUUGAGAUGGAGACGACUACAAGCGAUAGGGAGGACUACGAAAUUUGGUUGUUAA